CUCAGUCGCUGCUAGAGAGAGGACGAGACCACACCCGCACUCUCCCCUCUCUCGACUCACACGCUCGACACGUCGCUCCUCCUCCCAAACUCUCCGGAGCACUCCUUCAACACUCCUCCUCUUCCUCCUCCUCCUCCAGACGCCAUAGCCUGACCUCCUUGGUCUUGUCUCAGCUACCGUCCCACGGUCUGGUCUACCCUCCUACCACCUCCUCCAAAACAAGACAUCUUAGAUGCAUUUGUAAUACGCCUUUUUUGAUAACAUUCCAAGAAGCGUUCCUUUCCCUGUAACUAGUGCCAGCUCUGAGGAUUCAUCUUGCAAGUGACACUGCGAGCCGUUGCUUCACUCCCCGGGGCAUUCUAAAGUGGAUAGAGAGGAUAGAGGAGCGUGCUGCCCGGGACUUGUAAGUUUGUCACUUUUUCUCCUCAACUCGACGUUCAAGCGGUCUAUCCUGCGCGCGACUAGUGCUUGAAGCCAACCUGGUGACGAAUUGUGUAUGUGUGAUGUGUUGGUGAAGUUGGAGGUAGUGGUGGAGAAAAGUCCCUCCUCCCCCUCGCCCUCGCCCUCAUCAGGGCGGUGAUGGAGAAAGCAGCGCCUCCUCCGCCCUCACGCCCACUCUCCACUACCUAAACACCCUCGUUAUCUCUUCCUAUCUCUCUCUCUGUCUUUCUCUGACUGUGGAAACUUUUUAUUAGAAAAAAAAAACAUUGAUUCUCCCCCCACGAGGAAAAAUUAUAAUGUAUUGAGUUGGAAGUUCGGUACGAACCUUUUCCCCCCACACACCCGACGACGGCUGUUGUGACAAUCGUAAACAGACAACAGACUUGAACAACACGAGGUUGAUGUUAGAACAUAAGCUUCGAGACACAGCCAGCGCCCGCGCUAAGGUUGCGCGCCCUUCCUAAUCGUCGCUCUGCACUCAGAUGGGCGCUAACCAGGAGCAAGAGAGUGAUCUUCUCUAUUGUGAGAAGAUCCGCCUUCCUGAGAACCUGGAGAGCAUCCCUCGAGCGGACCACAUCCCCACCCAGCGCCACCGCUGGAACACCAACGAGGAAAUCGCCUCCCUCCUCAUCAGCUUUGACAGACACAUUGAUUGGCUCUCCAAGGAAGUCAAAAUCAGGCCCAAGAGCGGCUCCAUGCUGCUGUACUCGAGGAAGAAGGUCCGGUACCGGCGCGACGGCUACUGCUGGAAGAAACGUAAGGACGGCAAGACCACCAGAGAGGACCACAUGAAGCUCAAGGUCCAGGGCAUAGAGUGCAUCUACGGGUGUUAUGUGCACUCUGCCAUCCUGCCCACCUUCCACCGGCGGUGUUACUGGCUGCUGCAGAAUCCAGACAUUGUGUUGGUACACUACCUAAACGUGCCCUACCCUGACGACAACAAGCUGGUCAUGGCUUCCAGCAUCUCCCUCUGGGCAGACAAGAAGGAAUGGACCAAAGAAGAACUCAUCAGCCAGCUCAAACCCAUGUUCUUCAGCGAGGACGAGCCGGACCUCAACAAUGAACUAGAGAUCUCGCCUUCGUGUGGAGGUCGGGUGUACAGCCAGCUCAGCAAGACGGCUGAGACUGUGGAGGCCAUUGUUGCACAGCUGAUGGAGAAGCAGCGGGUUGCGCGUGCAGCAGCAGCAGCAGCAGCUGUAGCUAACAAGAGUGGUGUAGAGUGUGGAUGUGGUGCAGGUGUUGGUGCUGAACACAGCAAGCAGUGUACUCUACACCCGCUUCGUCGACUGAGUGUGGCUAAGCUGCCUCAUCACCACCACCACCAUCACCAUCACCACCACCACGAAUCGGCGAAUACAGUCACAUCAUCUCGUCAGGCACUAGUUGCGAUGCCUGCUCCCUCUGACAGUGACAACAAUCAGGUAUCGUCAACGAGUGGGCCAGGUGGGUGCGUCACCCCCCAGUACCAGGGCGUAACUCAGGAGGGGGCCCGCCCACCAGAGCCCCCACCCUCUACCAGCAACACCACUAAUAACAACAACAAUAACAACAACAACAACAACAACAAUAACAACAAUAAUAGCAACACCACCACGCCCAACAACAAUAACAACAAUCUCAACACCACCACAGCUCCGCUAAUCCUGAACCUGUCCAACAUCCAGGGCGGGGGCGGGCUGCUCAUCCUCAACAGUGGUGGUGGGGGUGGGCAUCACCCUACUCCACAUCCCCCACUGGCCGGCCCCCUCACGCUCACGUCUUACUUGGGCCAGCCCCAUCCAAUCUCUACCGCUGCCUCCAUCGUCCACGGACCGCAACUCGUUCCACACUCCACCCACGUAGCGCACCUCCACCAUGCACCUCAUCACCACCAUCACCAUCCACACCAUCAUCACCAUAUGCACCAGCAGCAACAGCAACACCCUACCCAACAUGGACAGCAACAACAGCAUGGGCAGCAACAAAGUGGUCCCCCACCCCAGCAUAAUGCGAAUCUGUUAAUAAAACGUGAAGGUGAUAAAGAUGUGAUGGAAAGUCUCAAGCUAGAUGCCACUAAUGGUAAUCUUGCCCUUGACUCGGGUACCUUUGCUAAUCUUGUGUCUAGUCUUGAAGCUGGAGAAGCAAGGACAAAUCAGCAACAGCAGCAGCAGCAUUCACAGCAACAGCAGCAGCAGCAGCAACAACAGCAGCAGCAGCAGCACCAACACCAACAAACAACAAAAGAUACUUUCUUGGGCAUAAAGGCUGAAUUAUCUGAACUGUCUGUGGAAAAGACUGAACUUUUUUCUAAUACGUUAGACCUCUCUCCAGAUGACAUUCAGAAAACACUCUCAGCUAACCUUCCACCAGGGUCAUGUAGUCGCAAAACACCUUCCUCGGCUGAUGUCAAUCCUAUGGACUUCAUUGACAAUGAUAUGACUUCACCUGAGGAUGAUGUUCUUGCCAAUCUUGAUGCUUUUGAUAUGUUAAGUGAUUUUCCUGACCUGGAUCACUAUGACACAUCCCCUCCAGACAAUCUAAACAGCAACAAUAGCAACAGCAGCAGCAGCAGCAGCACAAAUAACAGUGGCAAGUCUGUAACAAAUCAAAGUCAGCAGACCACCAGGAUGGACUACCGGGAGAAUACUGCCAAUAUUACUGACUAUUCUCCAGAGUGGGCUUAUCCUGAGGGAGGAGUGAAGGUAUUGGUGACUGGUCCCUGGUACAGUAGUUCCUCCCCAUAUACAGUUCUUUUUGAUGGCGUUCCCACAUCAACUACUCUUGUUCAGUCAGGUGUUCUACGCUGCUACUGCCCUGCACACGAGGUUGGCCUGGUGACUCUUCAGGUUGCCUGUGAGGGUUUUGUCAUCUCCAAUUCUGUGAUAUUUGAGUACAAAAAGCCUCCAUCCGAUGAGAACAAAGUCAAAGAGGAGCAAGUAGUACGGGAGCAGGAUGAGCACCUUUUAAAGUUCACUCUGCUACAGCGGUUAGAGACUAUGGAAACAAGGGUCCAAGUCUGUCCUGACAGCCAGAAGAGCCCAUCCAAUUAUGAAAGUGAUGUCAUGAUGCACAAAGCUCAUAAUUUUGAGGAACGAGUUAUAUUAUAUUGCCAGAGAAUGAGUGGAAAGCAGUGGCUGAGUAUGGACCAAGGGUUUGCUGCAGGCUUGCCAGAACUACAUGGCCUCACUCUCCUACACUUAGCAGCCAUGCUUGGAUACUCCAGGUUAAUUGUGGCCCUGUUACGAUGGCGGGAUGAGAAUCCCUCACUGGUUUUGGAAUGUGAAGUAGAUGCACUCCGGCAGGACUCUCGCGGCUGUACGCCACUGAGCUGGGCUUGCUCCCGUGGACACCGGCACACUGCUCUUCUCUUGUACCGCUGGAAUUCACAAGCGCUUCAUUCUAAAAACCAGCUUGGACAAACGCCCCUGCAGUGUGCUACCAUAAACGGUCAUCAUACACUAGCAGAAGAGUUGCAACAGCUGGACAGACAAAGAGCACACACAGGCAGUAUCGAAGGCCUUCACCUCUCUCUGUCCUCGGCAUCCUCCAGUACACAGCUCUCUACCUCCACCACAACAACCUCCUCCUCCUCAACCUCCCCCUCAUCUGCUGUCAGUCCUGGACUCUCGUUACCUGGGACUGCUCAUCAAUCACCCGAUGUGUUCCUCCGACCCUCACCACGCAGGUGUGACUUCAGAAAACAACGGCACCUAAGCGUAGAUCUACCCCUUAGCAGUGAGCAGGACCCAGGACGACCAGUGGGCUGUCCAUCCCCAGCGUCAUCUUGGAGUGAUACUUCAGUUCGACGAGGAAGGCUCAUCAAGAGACCUUCUGUCGACUCAGGAAUAAAUUUAGCCAAUGUAGACACAUACAAAAGAACAAGCUUAGAUUCUGGCCUUGAUGUAUUACAAAAAUAUUCGAGGGGUGAUGGUGCCAGUCCACAGAUGUCGACACCUUCCUUAGUGCUAGACAAUCCUGGGGAAGACAUUUUAGACUCUCCUAUGCCCUUCCAGUUUACUCCAGGUGGAAGCUGCCAGCUCCAGGCAGAGAGAGACGACGAUGAUCACUCAUCCCUCAAAGGAGUGGACAGCAGUUACGCUAGCCGGCGUGAAUCACUUAGCUCAGAGAUGGCAGGUUUGGCCACACCAGAUGAUAGCCGGGUCCUAACCUUAGCUGAACAAAUCAUUGCUGCUCUUCCUGAGAGAAUAAAGAGUGACGGAGAAGAGCUUAUGCAACUGGAGUCCAGCCCUGUGGCUCCUGACCCACCAUCCUCUGAUUUGGAUAUGGAAGUGAUAUUGGAUGAACCACCCGAUACAACACCAGAGUUCAACUUUGAAUUCUCUGAUAUUACUUCCUACAGGUACAUUGAUGUUGGAACCCCCAGUUCAUCAAUGAGUCCUGCAUCCUCAAGCUGCCUGCCAUCACCUGCUUCUUUCACACUGGAGAGUCCCUCACCCCCACCCACCACAGCUGACUUCUCAGAGUUUUUCCAUGCUUCCACUCGAGAUUUUUCUAGAGAUUUUUCUAAUCUCACUCUUUCAGACCGUGAGCAACGAGAAUUAUACGAGGCGGCCAAAACAAUCCAAAAGGCAUACAGGCUUUACAAAGGGCGCAAGAGAUUACAAGAGCAAGAUAAGGAGAGGCAGGCUGCUAUUGUCAUUCAGAAUUAUUAUAGGCGCUACAAACAAUAUGUAUACUUCAGGCAAAUGAGUCGAGCUGCAACAUUAAUUCAAAAUCAGUUUAGAUCUUACUGUGAACACAAACGCUUCAAAAAGAGCUUAGAAGGAGGAGCUCAUUCAAAUGUUAACUUCUCACUGAGGGGAUCACGUGAAACUACCCCUAUUCCAACGUUAAAGCGCACAUACUCCCAACGGAGGCAGCAUCAAGCUGCUCGCAAGAUUCAACAAUUCAUGCGUCAGACCAAGCAAAACAGCAUAUGGGAGUUACUAACGGAUAAAACGAUUACAGAGAGAGCGAGCGCAAGCAGCAGAAAGAGAGAAAAUGGGCCAGGGGUGUCAGGCGGCGGGCCAGGGGUGUCAGGCGUUGGCCCGGGGGUGUCAGGGACCAGCAAUGGGAGCAGCAGCAGCAGCAGCAGCAGUGGGGGGAGGUGCAGUCCAGCAACCCCUCCCUCCCCUUCUCCAUCAGCUCCCUCCAGCACGGGCGGGCCACUCAUUGGAGCACUCCCACCGAGAAACAGACCCUUUACUCUCGAGCACAGCCCAUGCACCUGACCAAAUUGACCAUCAGGACUGUCAUUGAAGCUAUCGGAUGGGAAAUCUGCCAAGUAUCCACAGAUAAAGGCAAGCAUAGUCUCAAGCGCCGAUGCUCAAGCAUUUCCUGUGGACAGGACCUGACGAGACUGAUGAAUG